UGCUGCCUUGCAUAAGGCCUGCAUUUACACCGUUCCAAAGCAUUUGCAACCUACAGAAUCACCUUCAAAUUCCGAUGACUAUCUGAAAAUUAUUGGCUAUCGCGAAGAGGAGGGUUGUAUUGAAAACUCCGACAGCUAUCUAAAACGUAUGGAAUCUUACACGAAGCUAUACGCUGCCAUAAUCCAGACACAGGUUCCUGGUAUCCAAAAUCCUCAUGGCUUAGAAGAAGGCUGGGCCUGGCUUUCGAGAUUCUUGAACAACAUUCCGGCUAACAGGACCACUGCUGUUGCGCUACAUGCUUUCUUAAGGAUGGCAGGCUUCUCACUUUUUUGGAGAUAUAAGUCUCAGUUCAUCAAGAUAAUAAAUUUCAUAUCAGAUUACUUUUUGCCUGAACUAAAGAAGAAGGAUGAUGCUAGCAAGGUCUAUGUGGAAAUCAAAGAAUACUUGCAACGCCAGGCCUAUUUAACCCGACCAGAAGGCCGGUCCCUUCAGAGUGGUCUACUUUCCAGGGAAUUAGUUUGACUAAAAACUUCAGAAGGCUAUUGUCUCAUGUUGUACAUUCAUUAAAUUUUGACCUUGUUGAAAUAUGUCAAAUUGUAAACUAUCUUAUGAUUAAAUUAUAGUAUGUUCCCACUUGUUCCCACUGUAAGGCCUCUGUGCUUCUUGUGGUUUUUUUUUUAGCACAUUAAUGGCAGUUUGCUUGUUAUCUGGCAUCCUUGUGGAACCUGGAUGUCUGCUUCUAUUCUCUUCACCUUGUUUAUCUACAUUAUUUUGGUGAUUAUGUGCUA